AUGCAACCAACAUAUGCCCUACAUAGGUGCAAGACAAGUGUUCGUCUUCUGACAAACCUCUUCACGGCAACGCGGCCCACAUAUACUCUACAUAGGCGCAAGACAAGUGUUCGCCUUCUGGCAAACUUCUUCAUGGCAACGCAGCCCACAUAUGCCCUAAAUAGGUGGAAGCAAAAUCGUCUUAACUCAUUCCUAUGGACUUUGAAAAGGGAUCCGCCGUCUUACUUCUUCGGUACUAUCCACGUGCCUUAUACAAGGGUAUGGGAUUUCAUACCCCACAAUACAAAACGUGCUUUUGAACAGUCGGAUCAUGUGUUCUUCGAACUGGAUUUAACAGACACUUACACCAUCUCGGCUCUUGCCAACUGUCAACUUUUGCCUCACGGUGAGAACUUGUCCACAAUUUUGCCGAAGGGAAUUUACGAGCGCUUGAAGCAGCAUUUGGAAUACGUGAAAGUUGCAAUGCCCAGUUGGAUGACGGAAGAUCAAAGAGGUAGAGGUCUUUACGCAGACUACCUCUUCAAAGCGAUUACGGGGAAUUGGGAGCGCAAACGCCCGGUGUGGGUAAUGCUUAUGGUCAAUUCCUUGACUGAAAGUGAUAUUAAAUCAAGAGGUAUUCCCGUGUUGGAUCUUUAUUUAGCCCAGGAAGCGGAAAGAUUGAAUAAAAUCACGGGCGCCGUUGAAAGAGUGGACGAACAAUGUAUACCACUGAACGAGCUCAAUAUCUCUCAGGUUUUGUUUGCGUUAAAUCAGACGUUGUGGCAACAUGAGGUAUACAGGAGCAAGAAGACUGGGCUGUCUUACACUACAGAUGACCUGAUCUAUCAUUACAACUGUGGGGAUUUGAACUCUAUUAUCUUUAAUCACGACACCACCCAAGUGCCCAAUCUGGUAAACUCCUCACUACCUCCCACGGAGAGGAGAACUGCGCAGACAAUUGAUGAGUAUUUCCGCAUUGAACUUUUGUAUAAGCGCAAUGAACGUAUGGCAGAGCGGGUGCGCAAACUACUGAAAUCACAUCCAAAUAGGAGCUUCUUUUUUGCUUUUGGAGCUGGUCACUUCCUGGGUAAUGACACAGUUCUGGACAAACUGAGGAGGGACGGUUAUGCUAUACAACAUACACUACCUAAUGAAACUAUUCCAAUAUCUGAUCGCCAUAGUGGGCGCUUGAGAAAAAGAAAGAGAAAGCGCCCUCUGCUUCCAUUGACAGCCAUGUCAGCAGACUAUCCCAUGCCUCCACUUAUGGUACAGGGCCAUAUAGAUUACCUACCAGUUUUACAUAGGAAAAGACACAGGUCUGAGACCAGAAGGAAACAUCAUAGGAAGAAAGGAAGAGACAGGCACAAGCCACGUUUUAAUGACCUCUGGGUAAAGCUGGAGUCAGGAAAUGAUGUUGAAGAGAGUAUUCAAGUGAUGAUAGUGAAGGAAGAAGUGAACACAGAGAGUGUCCCACAGACCAAAUCUUCAACAACGCCAGUGUUCAAUUAUCUGCAGAGAUCAGGGGAGACAACUCCAUCAGCAAAUGCUGGUUUACUCGCAGUGUGGACGUUUCUGUUGGCUUUGUCAAUGUGGAGGGUGUGAAUAAUGAUAUGGUUGAUUCGUGUGAAACCUCCAUGUCAGGAGUGCCCUUUUGACAAACUGAAGCAACUGUGACAGUAAUUUCAGGCGACUUAAUUACAUUGUGCACUUCCACUGAUGUAGUUUGAGACAAGAUCGAUGUAAGCUAGGCAAAAGACUCAAUUUACUACCAUGCCAUGGUUAACUGAAAAUGAGGCAAGGUGUGCAGAAUUACAAAAUAGCAGCCAGUGGUUGGUGUGAACACUCACACACUCAGAGACUGCAAGUGAACAAAAAUACUCUGUAAACCACAUUUGCAUUUCAGACAGCCGCCAUUUUUAAAAUGAAUAUUUUGCAGAAUCUCACAGUACAUGGAAGCUCGAUGCUGUAGCCUAGCCGGAGCUUGUUUACUACAGUAAAUAUCCAUUUCAUUGAAAUUCUAGAUUGGUAAUCAUACAUGUAUUCCCAUUCACAACUUGUAGUAAAAAUAAUGGAUUAACUGAAAAUGCCAAACAAAAAGUGCUGCUUUGAAACGUUGCUGUUUUAUUGGACAUGGAUAGCAGCUGCAGCCUCUAACUUCAAAGGCCACUGUGUCUGCAAAGCCGUGCUAAUUUUGGUCUCACCAACACCCCCACCAAAUUGAUGUCAUCUUGCAUCCAGGUCCCUUGUCAGAGCUACAGUAAGGCACACAUUGUUGGGGCAAUCUCUAUAUUGUUUACACCAGCUGUUGGCAGCCAUUUUGUAAGUCUGCACUCUAAGUUUCUUUAUCAAUCAUGAAUGUGAGCAUAUUGUCUUCUAAGAGUUGCUUCCCUUGAAGUACCUCACCAAACAGUGAAAGUUGUAUGUACAUGUAACUGUAUAUUGUAUCUGUACAUUUUGUCUCUGUACGUAGGUUGAAAAGACAGAAAUGUUAUUCCUUGUAAUGAACAGGCUGCCAAGAUAGGCAGUGUACCUCAUGGACUCAUAAACACAGCAUCUCAGGGUUUUCAUGAUACCGGUAGCGGACGAACGUUCCUUUGUGUGUUGAUUUGUCAGUGUUAAUGAAAGUUACUAGGAGAAAUGUUACUGUAAUAGUUUCAGUGGAAUAGGAUCCAAGUUUUGAUGAAAAUGGCGAGUAAUGCUGUGAGCAAGUUUGAGAAGGCUACAGUCUAAUUAAUGCAGUGCCAUAAUUUGAUAUAUUGCCUAUCUUCCUCAGAUGGAUUAUUUAUUUUUCAGAAAGUGCUUACAUACAUUAUGACAAGAUUAUCAGACUUCAGCGGCAAAUUUGCAGAAGAAAGAAAGUUAAAAGCAGAUGCUACUCUCCUCUUGCAUAGUCUUCUGUCUCCGAAGUGAGACGGCCAUCGUAGUGUAUUAAGCGAAAUAUUUUUGAGUAAAAACACAAAUCAGGUAAAUAAAUAAAUCGAAUUGAGACAUUUAAAUGGUCUGUCAUUCACAAAGUAUGAAGAUGCUCGCUUGUUCGUAGUGUGCUUUUAGGUAACACUUAUAGUAGGUGCCUUAACUCCAGGGUUCAGCAUGAGGUGUUUUCUCCUUUUCCCACCAGGUGGAGUUGUCAGGAAGUAAAACCAUAUAAAAGUGAUUGUAUUUUUCCCCACAUUUUUUGUUUCAUGCCGUUUUCUCAAAUUCACAUCUGCUACAAGGAAUAAUUAUUACUUAUCAAUUUCUUGUCCAAAAUAAUGUUUUUGUUUUUUGUAAACUUGAACUAGAGUACAAUUAAAAGAAAUAUUUACACCUGCUGUUUGUUACAGGUAAAGUAAACAAUAUUUUAUCUUUAAUUUAUUUUAAUUAUUGGCUGCUAAAAUAUACAUAAAGAGAGGGUGGAGAAAAAUGGAGAAUGAAUUGGCAGAGACUUAAUUGCUCUGCUGAGGCCAUAAGAGUAGGUCAGAUAUACAUGAUGUAACAUCAGAUCGCUAUCCAUUAUGUCCAUCUGCUGACAACUUUCCUGGACAAUUGGACGCUAGCUAAUUGUUCUGUGGGCAGAAGGUGUCAAGUCUGCAAAGUUUUCAGCAAACAUUGUGUUGUAUGUCUCAAAAUAUGACAGUUAUCUGGACAUUUUUUAAAGCCUGAAAAUAAGGUUGACAAAGCAUAUAAUGACAAAUCUUCCUCCCAUCCAUUCACAUUAUUAAAAAAGGUUACAACGUUUUAUUUAGACGGCAGUUUUGUCCUGAACCAAACCCUUUCAGAAUACUAUUUUCCUUGGUGUUGUCUAGGUUGGAACUGAUUCUCGCAUUUUACCUGUAAAUCCAUUAGACUGUGACAAGUACACAGCAUCUUUUAUAUAGGCCUGCAUGUACGGGAACUGAAGACACUGAACUGAAUAUUAGUACCGGUACAUUUUUACAGGUGUGAUAAAACGUGGCACACGUGUGAAUAUGCUAUAAGGUGUAUAUGGGAAGUGGAUAAUGUACAUAUUGGUCUAUAGUAGCUAGAAUGAGAACAUACUCCUUGCAGCGCAUGUGCCGCUUUCUAUGCUCUCCUUACAUCACUGCCACCACUGGACAAACUUGACUUCUAGAGCCUGUGCGAAGAAGUAGGCUUGUUUAGGCUUCGCCACCCUCUCACGCAGACGUGUAAUAAGCGUUCAUCAGUACAGUUGUUUCUGAUGUCCACUAGAGGCAUGCUCUGUACACUUUAGAUAAAGAGAAUAUAUGUGUGUCAAGUAUUAUUAAAAGAAAGUAUUAUUGGCAGCGAUGUAAAGCGAACGUAGCGAGCGGCGCAUGCGUUGUAAGGGGUAUGGAAUGAAAAGGAUGAAAGUGAAGGUUGUAUGUAAACUGUAAGUGUCAGCUGAGGAAAUAUUAAUUUGUGGUACGUAAACGGUAUUUAUUAGCAUGUCGUGGGAAUUGAUCAUUAUGUGACUGUCGAAGGUGGAGUCAGCAACUGGAUGCUGUAACGUGCAGACUACACGCAUUCUGUACAGAUAUAAGGUCUUUGUACCACCAUAACCAAUAAACCGAAUCCAAAUUCAAACUUAUGUCUGUUUAUGAGGUUUGGUUUCAAAAAAGCUUCCCUUACAACAAAAUGUUUGAUUACUUAUGUAAAUUAAACGGUACAUGUAGGUGUCAAAAUUAUUCAGUGAAAAUUUAUAAACCCUAUCCUUUGAAAUAUUCUCUCUGAAGUUUUGAUUGAAAAUGCUAAAAACGUUGAAAAAGUUACCUCUGAUUAAUUAUAACUUUGGGUUUCGGAGUAGUGGUACCUUUUCUUGCCCAGUGGCGAAUCGGGGCCCAAAUGGUAUUAAACCAUUGUUCUCCUGCAGUGAAUGAGUAAUACCUUAUCAAUUUGCCCACCAGAAGUCAACACCAAGGCAGAAAUGAACAAUAAUUUGAAACCCACGAAAACGAAACUGUCGCAACUGUACAGCUUUGUGAUGGAAGGACACCAUGAUAACUGUCUAAAAUAUAUUCUGUACCUUGACUGCUUAUGGGGCCUAUUGUACCGCUUAUUGCACAGACUAACGUUCUUUGAAGACCAGAUGUCUUCCACCAACAUGGUGUAUUAUUAUCAGUACGUCAUAAGUGAGAAUUAAAGUUCGUCAGUAACUUGCCAAAGGUAGGUAGUUUAAUUACUCGGUCAGGUUUUCUCCACCCAUAAUACCGACUGCCAUUGUCUUCAGUGUAGCAUUUUGGACGACAAUGAAAUAAAGAAAAUAUGUAAAUAAUUUUAAUUUUAAAUAAAUACUUCUGGUAUAUUUAGAAAAGAUAGAAAUUUUUUUGGUAUCACACUUCACACUGUUAAUUUGUCUUUCGACACUUCUUUAAAAUUAUCAAGUGUAACUGUUGAUUAAAGUGUUGCCAAAUCAUAUCAUGUUUACCUUGUGAUAUCAGCACACUUCCUGUAAGUGCAUGUACU